UCCGCGCCGUCUCGCGCAGGCGUCGCUGCCUGGCCGGUGGGGCCCUUGAGCGUUACGGCGUCGCAAAAUAGCCGGCGCGGGGCGGGGCGGGUCCUUUCGGCCGAGCCGUCGCAGCCGGUGCCCGCCCCGGCCCACCAUGUACUACAAGUUCAGCGGCUUCACACAGCGCCUCGUCGGGGCCACGGCGGCCGCCGCCUACGCUCCACAGGGACUCAAAUCAUUAGCUCCCACUGAAUCCCCAGAUCCGAUUUUUGGGACAAGUAAACCUGCUCCAGGUUUACCAGCAACUGAACCUUUCUUGGGUACAAACAAGGUGCCAGACCUACAGAAAGUUUUUCAGAGAUCAGAUGGGCUGCCAAUACACCUGAAGCGAGGAUAUCCAGAUAGGAUGCUCUAUCGGACCACAAUGGCUCUGACAAUAGGAGGGACUAUCUACUGUCUGGUAGCACUGUACAUUGCUUCACAACCAAAAAACCAAAAAUAAAGGAACCACACCUCAUGGGACUUUCAGCACUCCUCUGAAGGAUCGCCUGCAUGUACCACUUUGCACUUAAACCUGUUCCCUGUGGUCACAUAGGGUUCAUUAUUCAGAUCAGAUUUCUUGGAGAAAAUGUUUUUAAUCGGUUGCCUUAUGUAUUUUGAAACAACAAUAUAAACAGAGAAAUAUAUUAUUUUAGGAUAUGGUUGCAGCUUUUCUUGUCUUGCAAGAGUUUAUUAACAGUUGAAGAAAGUUAAGCUUUUCCUUCCAUCCCUCCCCCAAUUUCAACAGUGUUAGAGAGAGGACAGGAGAAAUAAUUUGUGAGCUAUGCACCACAUUCCUUAGUGGAAGGAUGCUACUAGUUUCCAAAACACUAAAAGCAAAUAAUUUAAUUAUUAUGGCAAACUGGGAACCUGUUUCUUUCCCAUACAGGUCAUUUUACGUAAGCAGCUGGCAAUGGAACUUUUCCAAAUGCUGGUAUAUUAGUAAAUAAUACACCACAUCUGGUGAUAAGACGACGGGCUUGUCUUCCUGGAGCAUUUAAAGUGGAUUUAUUCCAUAACUGUAGCAUCACUGCAUGCAGCAGAGUGCACCAUUAUUGUAGCAUCAGUUACACCAGCUUUUGGACUUUCCUUGUCAAAUUGUAUUACCACGCAAUAAAGAGAGCAACAUGAAUACUAAAAGAGGCAAGUCUCGAAAAUUUCAGAGCAUUUCAGCAUGCCUGGUAUGUGAAAUAAACAUAUUGGUACAGUUAUAAAUUCAACUUGUAGAUACCAAAUCAUAAAAUUGAUUCAGCUACCUUACUAUCAUCUUUCUGAGAUGGUAAAUCUCUUAAAACCCUCUCCCAGACUUUGUGUUUAACUAUAAUUUUUGAUGAAACAGGUCACUGUCAUAACUCAGCUGCUUACUAUUUCCAGUGCCUACAGAUAGCUAUUUAUGUACACACAUUUCUGUGGAUGGAAGAGAGAUAAGCCAAUACAACCCUUUUUGUAUUCCCUUUCCCUUGUAAUAACAUAGCCUUGAACUGCAAGUUUCAUAUAAGUCUUCACAAACAGCAUCCUCUAAUUUCAUAGCUCCUCCUCUGCCCCUAAACAUUGAUUUGUUUGCCUCUGUAAAGACCCAUCUCUCUCAGAACUGUGCAGAAACAACCUUCAAAGUAAAUAAGAAAAAUAGUUGAUAAAGGAAACUAAAACUGCCUUUUUUCAGUCUUUUACUAAAAAUACUCUGAUUUUUUUCCAUUUAAGUUACAUCAAAGCUUACUGCUUUAUAGGAAAGAAAAUAGCUGCUUGUACUGUGAUCUCGGGUUUCAGUCAGUGUUGGUAUUUCAGGAUGGAAGAGGUUUAAGUCAGUGAAAAAUAGCUUUGUAAGGACAGCAAGAGUCAAAGAAUAGCAGAAAAUAAAUUCUGCAGGAACUGACAGUUAUGCUGCCUCUACUGAUAAAAUAUUUUGUCUUCAGUAGCCCAUGCUCCAUGACACUCAGUCUUGUACCGUAGGCUGUUAAAUACUACAAAACAGAAA